UCUGGCUCCUAAGCUAUUUAUGGGCAUCUAUUUGGCAUUUUAUCUUUUCCCUUUUUAUCAGGAACUGCUUUCAAUAAGCUUGAUUAAAUCUAUGUACGUUUCUUUCCUUGCGGGAUGCUUCCGAUCAAUACGUUUUGGGUUAGAAGAAGCUCAUGGAAAAGGUCAAGCACUGCAGUUUAACUGGUUAUUCGAAAAAGAAGCUUUUGUUUUGCACUCAGAUGGAACAUUUUCUGUCAAUUUUACCAAGGUUGAAGAAGCUGUGGAGAGUUUGAGCAGGAAGAUACUCACCAUACAGGCAAAAGGUGACAAGGAAGCUGCGAAAUUAUUUCUUCAGGAAUAUGGUAAAAUGACAGAUCCUUUGCGGCUUGCGCUGGAGAAAUUAGAAAACAUCCAGGUGCCAGUGGAUAUCGCUCCCAUAUUUCAUAUUGCUGACAAAAUGUUGGAGAAGAAUCAUGAGCAAAUGUGACGUGCCUUUUCCCUUCCAUUAGGUUUCCACUUGUUUCAUUUUGGUCUGAGAGACCAAGAUGAGGAUAUUGCCUUGAAAAUAUAUUGAGCUUGUGGGAGACUGUACAAAGCAAUUGAUGAAUCAAGGAUGACCUCCCAUGGGACAAGAAAGUGGAGGUACUUCUAUCAUCAACAUCAUCCUUCAAAACAUGAGCCUGUAUACAUAUCAGAAGUCAUACCUUCAGACCUUUACUUUAAGUCUGUUUGGUCAAUACUCAAGUGAAAAUGUCUUUGGUGUACUAGAACCAACAAUUAUUACAUGACAAUUAACUUCCCAUGCUUUUAGAUUUAAUAAAAACCUUUUACGGACCA